AUGGACGCCUAUGGUAUUGGUGCCAACGAUGUCGCUAAUGCCUUCGGCACCUCUGUCGGUUCCGGUACCAUUACCCUUGCCCAAGCCUUGCUCAUCGCCUGUUUCUGUGAGUUCGGAGGAGCUUUCCUCCUCGGUGCCAACACUACCGAGACCAUCAAGGGUGGAAUCGUUGAGACGUCCUUGUACGAGGCCCAGCCCGAGAUUCUUAUGUUGACCAUGGUUUGCGCUUUGAUCGGUUCCUCCAGCUGGGUCUUGUUCGCCACCUCCCGCGGCUGGCCCGUCUCGACCACCCACGCCAUUGUCGGUGCCAUUUGCGGUGCUGGUAUCUCUGCCUUCGGUUCCGAUGGUAUCCAGUGGAGUGGUAUCACAAAGAUUGUCCUUUCCUGGGUAGUCUCUCCCGUCUGCGCCGGUCUUGUCUGUGCCCUCCUCUUUGGUAUCACCCAGUUCUUGGUCUUGAAGCACGAGAACUCGUUCCAGCGCGGUCUCGUCGCUAUCCCCGUCUACUUCGGUAUUGCCUUGACCGUCAACGUCUUCUACAUCAUCUUCAAGGGUGCCCCAAAUACCUCCCUGAAGUCUGACAGUAAGAUUGGAAUUGCCGUCGGUAUUGCUCUCGGUGUCGGUGCCUUGGUCUUCCUCUGGUGCUUCUUCUUCCUCCGCCCCUUCCUCCGCCGCAGAAUCAAGGACAACGAGAACCUCAAGUGGUUCCACGUCUUCAUCAUCCCCUUCGUCAAGCCCCAGGGUGAGGUUCCUGUGGUUGUCGAAGAGAAGGGUGGCAAGGCCGCUGUUGAUCUUGAGGCUGGUGAAGGCAAGGCUGAUGCUUCGUUGGUUGCUCUCGAGGACAAGGAGAAGUCCUUUGGCCAGAAGCUCAAGGGUUUUGUCACCCACGGUCUUAACCAGGAGGUCAACAUCACCCACGACUUGAAUACCAACUCUGUCCACGACCACGCUACCAAGUACGACCACGAUACCGAGCGUCUCUUCUCUGCCGUCCAGGUCGUCACUGCCUGCUUCACCUCCUUUGCCCACGGUUCCAACGAUGUUGCCAACGCCAUCGGUCCCCUUGCCACCAUCUACUACAUCUGGGAGAACGCCAACAUUAACGUCAAGAAGGCCCCCGUCCCCGUCUGGAUUCUUGUCUUUGGAGGUCUUGCCAUCGAUCUUGGUUUGAUGACCUACGGUUACCACGUCAUGCGCACCCUCGGUAACAAGAUGACCUACAUGUCUCCUACCCGUGGAUUCGCGGCCGAGAUGGGUACUUCGAUCACUAUCUUGACCUGCUCCAAGCUCGGUCUUCCCGUCUCCUCGACCCACUGCAUCACCGGUGCCACCUCGGCCAUCGGUCUCAUGUCUGGCGGUGGUUUCAAGUCCCUUAACUGGCGUCUUCUGCUCGGUAUUUUCGCCGGAUGGAUUGCCACCCUCCCCGCUGCCGGUCUUGUUUCUGUGGGAACAUCGGAAUUGCGCAACGUGUACCGUUAA